CCUCGACUCAAGUCACUCCUGUGCCUCAACUCUCUUGCAAAAGAGGCGCACUGAGACUUUCUGUUGUCCUCCGCGCUAGGAAAUUCUCUGCCUUCCGCCCAGCCGAGGUCCCUAUAGUAGGCUAUAGUAGGCUAUAGGUCUUGAAGUACCUAAGUCAGUCCUGUAUCGAAACUGAGUGUGAAGGACACGGUAGUACAGCAACUUUGAGUGAGUGCUUUUCACCGCCGUGCCGACUAGUGCAGCGCCCUUACACGAACCGCAGUGCCUGAACUAUUUUCGUCACGGUCGACCGUAGUGGAUGCCGCGAGUCGCCAGGGAUAGGGCAAUAGCCCUGCGGGAUGACGACUACGAGCUCGGAACAUACACUCGAGCAAUCAGCACGACGUCUCCGGAAGCGCAGAGAUGGUUCAACAGAGGACUAGCCUGGACGUUCGCCUUCAACCAUGAAGCCGGCAUCCGCUGCUUUGAGGUUGUCCUGGAGCUAGAUCCACAGUGCGCCCUUGCCCACUGGGGUAUAGCAUUCUGCAAUGGCGUGAACUACAACAACAGCUCCCAGUUCACACAGCCAGGAAAAUUCCCGUCUCUGAACGAUGCAAGCGAGCACGGUCGCAAAGCACUGGCGCUUCUGGAGCACGCAUCAGCAGUUGAACAGAUGCUGGUGGAGGCAAUCGUGGCACGGUGCGACAUUGAUGCCAUGCCCAAUUCUUGCCAGGAGCGCCGCAAGUUGAACAGUGAGUUCGCUGCGAACAUGGCCAAGGUGUACGAAGCUUACCCAGACGAUCCUGACAUUGCCGCCCUCUACGGCGAAUCCUUGAUGAACAUCUAUCCGUGGCACCUGUGGGUGAACGGGAAGGUGCGCGAGCCCGACGCGUUGUUUGCGGGAACUGCGGUGAUACUAGACGUGCUGCGCUCGGGUCUGUCCAAGGCACCGUCUCACCCUGGCCUGCUCCACAUGUACAUUCACGCCAUGGAGAUGGCACCGGCUCCUCAGGUGUGCUUGCCGGAGACCAACCGCCUGCGUAACCUUGCCAAAGACGCCGGCCAUCUGCUGCACAUGCCGUCACACAUUGAUGUGCUGGUGGGCAACUACGAAGAUGCCAUCGUCGCCAACACCCGAGCCAUCGAGGCCGAUCGCAAGUACAUAUCUCGCAACGGCGCUGGCAACUUCUACAUGCUUUACUGCUGUCACGACUGUCACAUGAUGGUGUACUCUGCCAUGAUGGCUGGAGACCAGAGGAGGGCGACCGAGGCAGCCAAUGAGCUGCGGACCUGGUUACUAAAGAAGGAAGUCGAGGCGCUGAUGAAGCACAAGAUGGCGGAUAUGCUCGAGAGUUUUGUGUCCAUGCAUAUGCACGUCAAGGUGCGCUUCGGCCAGUGGAAAGAAAUCCUGAACGAGCCGCUGCCCACCGAUGAAGGCCUCUACUGCACCACCCUGGCUGUAACGCGCUAUGCACGUGUACUGGCAUUUGCGGCACUGUGCGAUGUGGAGAACGCCACCGUUGAGCUGAGGGCGUUCAAAAAGGCAUACGACAAGGUGCCUGAGACCCGCACCACGUUCAGCAUGGUGUGCCGCGAUGUGCUGGCAGUGGCUAGCGCAAUGGCCGAUGGGGAAGUUUCUUAUCGCCGGGGCGACCACCAGCUUGCAUUUACACAGCUCCGGGAAGCUGUCGUACUUGACGAUGGCAUGCCAUACAAUGAGCCGUGGGGCUGGAUGCAGCCGGCUCGACAUGCACUGGGCGCUCUGCUUCUUGAGCAGGGCCACGCCGAGCAAGCAAUCAAAGUCUACCGCACAGACCUGGAGAUUGGCCACCAUCCCCGCAACAUCUGGGCGCUGCACGGCCUGGAGGAGUGCUUGCAGAAGUCACCGUCGCUGGCCGCUCACGAUGGCGAGCUGAAGGAGACGCAAGAGCUGUUAGAGCGAGCCAGGCAGUGCUGUGAUGUGAGCGUUACGGCAUCGUGCUUCUGUCGUCUGUCCGUGUGUGGUGAUAAACACAUGGGUGUUGGAAGGGAGGAGAGGAAGUCUGCGGUGAAGAUCACUGAUGCUUGAGAGCAUCCGUGAUACACAGUCACACAAUAGGCCGGGACAGUAUUCCAGUGAUGGAGUAUAGUUGUAAUUUCUAGCUAUUCAUUUUUCUCUAUCUCAUGGUUCUUCGUAUCCGGAGGAUCAAUUGCUGCCAAAUAAUCAUCCCUUGCAAUAGCAACACUACCACACCACCACGAUCUUACACUGCAAUUCAGUAAUAAUUACCAUAAAUCUCCCCAAAGUUUCUUCCCAGGGGCUUCAUCAGGGAGUAUGGGAGUAUACAUGUACAUGUACAUGUAUACUCCCCGCGGCAUGAAGCCCCAACGACGACAAUCGAAGAGGUGCAUGUACAUGUACAUAAUUUUUCAGUGGACAUCAUGUCUUAUGCUGUUGUAGUAGUCGAUAAAAAUUACCGUCAGCGUUCAUCAGUUCCACACGUUCUUGUCCUGUCUCUUUGGUCACAGCCUCACCGUGACUUGUGUGCCAGUCCACAGUUUGCAAAAACAUUGUAUCAAAAUUAAAGGCGUGUUAUUUUUUCAUUGGUUUGAGGGAUAGAAAGGCCGGAAAAGUCAGAAGAUUUCUUCAGA